AUGGGGCGGUGGGACAGGGGAAAGUCACGACAGGGACAAGGGAAGCAGCUGAGUUGCAACGUGCAGGAUGCUGAAGGGCCAAAAAUCUGGUCUGAUGAAUCCGACGUCGGGUUGGCAGAGGGCAAGCCGGGCAAGAUGAGUGAUGCCCAGACACCGCGAAGAAACAAAGCAUGCACAGCGAAGCCUACGCAGAUGCUGAGAAAGGAGCCGAUUGAAAAGAACCGACAUUAUGUAUCCGACGUAUUUUCCCUCACACUUCGAAGAGCCGACACUGUCCCUGUCGGACUCCACGUCACAGGUGAGGACGGCUUGCUCGUGGAGCGAGUGCUGCCAGGUGGCGCUGUGGAGGCCUGGAACCGACAGUGCCCUGGUGUUCGUGAGAUCCGCGUCGGCGACCGAAUCGUCAGCAUCAACGGCCAAGACGAUCCUCAGGCAAUGAGGACCGAGUGCCUAAGCAAGUUCCUCCUCAAGAUGACGGUGCAGCGCGGGAAUGGUCUUACAAAUCUCCGGGCAGAGGCAGACGAGUUUGUCCCGCAGGUGCCAUGA